AUGGGUGAAAACUCUACCACAGGCCUAAGGGGGCAGGCCGAUGUCAGCCAGUUCUCAGAUGCCGCUGUCGAGCCGACUUUGUCCUCUCCACCGACGGGGCAACGGCAGCAGAGUUUGCCACUCUUCGGGGAAGAGACGUGCUCUAUCUCUUCCGCUCCGUCGGUUGGUGGAGGGGGGGGCUGGCCGUUCCAACGCCAGGGAUCGUCACGUCUGACGUCUAGAGGGACAAGCCUUAGCAGCUGUUCAGACGCAGGCUCGGGUUUAGGGGCACUGAGGCAAAGAGAAGACAGUUUUCCCGAGUAUCAUGGCGUUGGACUGCCCCUUGGGGGGAAGUACGCGCUUGACGGAACUGGUCUGGUGCUUGCCCCUCGAGUGCCUUUUAUCUUUAGUCAUCAGCUCCUCAGUCUAACUGGAUUGGACGAAGCAGGGUUCUCAGAUACCAGGAAAGUCCCCUCUACGUAUCAGGCUCUGGCCGCUCGGUUUGUACACCAGGUUCACCAGGAAGCCGGUAACGGCAUGUAUCCUCUCUGGUCAGCUGGUGUCGUCCUGCGGUUGUGUCUUUUGGGGGCCCUUUUUUUCGUGUCUGUGGGAGCGUGGCUAAUUUUUGAGGACGAGCAGCACGUCGAGUGCAAACUGAAUUAUGCUGAGAAAACGCUUCAGGAAGGAAGUUCAAGGUAUUUGCUGAAGGGAAUCUCUAGUGCCCAUUGCACACGCGAGGUUAAUGAACUGAAGGGAGAGGAAAUCAGUGUGUAUGCCGAAAUGGGGCACUUUUUCCAGAACGAUGCCCAAGUACUCUGGAGUCGGAAUGACCGGCAGCUUGCAGGCAAGAUCUUCACUGAUCCUAAAGACGUUCGCGAAUGCGAACCCUUAGCAACUGCUGUGGUCGGCAAUGUUACAAAAGUGCUUCAUCCGUGUGGCGCGCUCGCAUGGGCGGUUUUCACUGAUAAGUAUCAGUUUUUAGAAGGAACACCUGAAGGAGAUAAUGAUCAGGUGCCAAUGAAGCCAAUACCAUUGAACCAGACACAAGCAGUCCUCUUACACUCAUGGCCGUGGCAGGACAUGUACAAAAACCCGCCGGCAGAAGACCGCGCUGCUGUACUAGACAAAGUGUAUUUCUGGAUGAGCCCAGUCGACAAUGAUGACGGGGAGGACAUGUAUAAAACACGCGAAGAAGCACGAGCAGAGCUGCUCAUGGAUCGCCUCAACUACGAGGAGGCCGGUGAAAUGGUUGAGAAUGGUCAUUUUAUCCAGUGGAUGCAGACAGCGGCACUUGGCACAUUUCGUAAGCUGUACGGGAGCCUGGAGGGUCCGCUCAAACUGCCUGUGUCUGCACAUAUAACUGUCAUGUAUGAUGUGUCGUCAUGGAAAGGGAAGAAGGCAAUUGUGCUAGUGCAGAAGUCAAGAUUCGGGGGCCGCUCGCUCUUUAUAGGCAUAGCGUACUUGUCCUUCGGUUGCCUAUUGACCAUGCUAGUUUUCUACAUGCUAUGGAAAAAGUGGCAAUAUCGUAGGGAAGGGGAGGAAAUUCGAGAUCUUCGGUGGCAGACGAAGACUCGUGGAAGCAAAAAAACGAAAUGAGAUGUUAACGAAAGAUAUGUAUGGUAAGCAGCAAACUUACCCGAAAGAAUCAUGCUGUACCCAAUGUGGUGUUCUGCAUACUGUGCACCCUCGUCUCCAGGCAGUAGCUGUCAUGAGUUUACAGCUGCACGCUGCCAGCAGUGUUUUAAACAGUAGGACAGGACUUGCACGGCAUUUGGGGACGAAAUAACCGUUCUGGUACGUGUGCAGAGAUGGUUGUGAGCUGAUUUUGAGCUCCGGCAAAAGCCGAGUUAUCUCGGUCCUUCUGUUGCAUUCACAGUAACUGUAUUUACGUACCUGUGUUUGUGCGUUUGGUUAUAUUCGGUAUCAGGCAUGUCCACUGACUCUGAAUGAAUAGAUUUGUCUACGACAAAUGCUCCAUCUUAAGGAAGUUGAGAACGUUUGUGUUUUUUGGGUUAGCAGGGGACUCAAGCAGGUGCUCCUGAGGUUUGGAUUGGGCUCGUCGGUAGCAUUCGGUAGUAGUGGUGUUUGUUGGUUCUAGAUUGUGAGAAAGAAGGAGAAGGAAAGAGAUGUGUCGGGGCGGCAGCGUGCGGAAGUCAACUGCACACGAUGAAAGCGGGACGUCCCAGUUUCGGAAGGCUUUCCACCUAGAGAUGGAUCGAUCGUUUUGAUUGAUUCACGUUGAUGAGGAUGGCUUGAAGAUUUGCGGCUGAGUCCGGUCUUGAAAACAGGAAAUUAACACAGAAGUCAGCGGACAAAAACACAGCCGUGAAGGGAUAUCUGAGAUCGACGCGCGGUGCUGGUAUGUCGGCUGCGCUCUCUUCAAGUGACUAGCGCAACCACUCUGACUCGGGUAUACCGCACAUUACUGGACACCAAUGUGAGACCGUGUUGAGAUUCAUGUAGCUGUCGUAUCGGCGAGACUAUAUGUCCUGUUGAACACGUGCAAUACCGUUGAUACAAGAGGCGAUUUGGAGCCUACAGAUAUGUGGCAGUAGUGUUGUGCUCAGGUAGAACCGGUGGAGUGCAAUGCGCCGUGCUCAACGUGAAGAAAGCGUGUGAGGCCAAGAGAGACAAUAGAGUUGAAGCUUUCCAUGAAUCAUUAUGUGUGGAUGAUGGAAUGCAAUUUGGAUCCGCUCCUCAGGCUGUUGAUCUGAGGAACAGUUCAGUCUCGAGAUGGGACAGUAAGGGCGACAUUGAGACGCACCCAUCUCCUUGCGCCAGCUGUACAGUUGAACCACCUGAAUCAGUUUCACACCGUUUUUCUUACUUGAUGCGUCAAAGAGUCCGCUGUAUGAAAUGGAAGGCUUCUGUGUGAAGUGUGCUUCCCCCGGAGAGCUCGCGUCCUUUCUGUAUGUGUUCUGAUAGAUAUAAACCAUCGGUGCCUUAGAUGUAUUCAAUGUGUCGGACAAAGGUGCACGACACACCCACCAAUCAUUGGCACUGCCGCACGAAUGUUUUUCGGCUACAUCAACGAAACUGUUUCUUUCACUGUCGGCAGGGAUAUGAUGGCGAGCAGCAUGACAACAAGGGACGAACUUUGUGCAGAGGAGAAGGACAGUCAUCCUUCACUCGAGUUCAUUACCCUUUUUUGAUUCAGUUAGGGUUGCGGGGCAAAGGAUGUUAGGCUUUUUAAUGGUAUACUGUGUGUAUGCCAGGUGAACGUGUAUCUUCCUGUCUACUACGUGAUUUCUUCCGCAAUCUUGAGUGGCGAAGCAGAGGACCAUAGUCCUGUGUUUUACAUCGAGAAUAAAAAAGGAAGGAGGGAUCUGUGUUUGCUGCUAAAGGAGUGAGUUACCAUUGGGGUAAGCGAUUGACCUGUAUUACAUGUCACGCACAGAACAAUCAAGCCACAACUUUCCGCACACGCAUGUGUGCUUCAAGUCUUUGGAG